AUUUGGCCUCUGACUGACCCACUUGCCUUCAGCUCUGUGUUCGUGUAGGGCCUGUAGGGUGCAUCUAGUGGUGUGUACAGUGUGGCUGAGCAUACAGGAUGUGGACAGACAGAUGCCUGGCCUGGUGGGUGCUUGCUGGGAUUUCGUGGGUCGGUUUCCUCAAACUAACAGGUGGUGUUUGGAAACUAGACCAUGUGCCUAGUCGGUCCCGGAGCAGUCUGCAGACGUCGAUUUGGAAGCCGCUGGACCAGAUCAUUUCUGAGUUCCCCUUCAGCUCUAACAUCCUCCCUUGCCAGCAUCCAGCCAUGGGGGAUAUGAAAACUCCAGAUUUCGAUGACCUUCUGGCUGCCUUUGACAUCCCAGACCCCACCAGCCUUGAUGCCAAGGAGGCCAUCCAGACCCCCAGUGAGGAGAAUGAGAGUCCCCUCAAACCUCCAGGCAUGUGUAUGGAUGAGAGUGUGUCCUUGUCUCACUCAGGUUCAUCCUCAGAUGUGCCGGCUGUGAGUGUCAUUGUCAAGAACACCAGCCGCCAGGAGUCAUUUGAAGCGGAGAAAGACCACAUUGCUCCCAGCCUCCUACACAAUGGUUUCCGGGGCUCGGACCUGCCUCCAGAUCCCCACAGCCUGGGCCACAACUGUGGGAAGUUUGAUUCCACUUUCAUGAAUGGAGACAGUACUAGGAGUUUCUCUGGCAAGCUAGAACCUUCCAAGUCAGAGCCGUUACCGACCUUUAACCAGUUCAGUCCAAUCUCCAGCCCAGAACCUGAGGAUGCCAUCAAAGAUAAUGGGUUUGGAAUGAAGCCCAAGCACUCAGACGGUUAUUUCCCACCCCCUCCUGGGUGUGGGUCUGUGGGGGGCCCAGUCCUGGAGGCUCUGGCUAAGUUUCCAGUCCCAGAGCUCCACAUGUUUGAUCACUUCUGUAAGAAGGAGCCCAAGCCAGAGCCUCUGCCGUUGGGGGAGCACGAAAGAGGUGGGCAGAAGGUGGGGGAACCUCACAAGGAGCUGGAUGCCAGUCGAUUCUUUGGGGAAGCUCUGGAAUUCAACAGCCACCCCAGCAACAGUACUGGAGAGCCUAAGGGGCUCACCCUGGAGCUUGGUACCUGCUCAUCAGUCCCCCCUCGGCAGCGUCUGAAGCCAGCUCAUUCUAAGCUUUCCUCUUGUGUUGCAGCCUUGGUGGCGCUGCAGGCCAAAAGAGUGGCCAGUGUCACCAAGGAGGACCAGCCUGGCCACACAAAGGAUCCCUCAGGGCCCACAAAAGAGGGCUCCAAAGGCAGCCCCAAAAUGCCCAAGUCACCAAAGAGUCCCCGGAGCCCUCUGGAGGCCACCAGAAAGAAUAUCAAGCCAUCAGACAGCCCUCGGAGCAUCUGCAGUGACAGCAGCAGCAAAGGCUCCCCUUCGGUGGCUGCCAGCUCCCCACCAGCAAUUCCCAAAGUCAGAAUCAAAACCAUUAAGACAUCAUCGGGGGAAAUCAAACGGACCGUCACAAGGAUCCUGCCAGACCCUGAUGAUCCCAGCAAGUCCCCCGUUGGAUCACCUCUAGGGAGUGCCAUUACCGAGGCCCCAAGUGAGGUGCCAGAGGACGAGGUCACUGCCUUGCCGGCAGUGGCGCACUCUCCGGAGGUAGGCACAAAUUCCGGGAGCCCCCUGGGUGACAAGAAAGGGGAUGAGAGCGCACCGAAGGCCACUGACUCGGCAUCUCCCUGCUGCAGCUCAGGGUCCCGGAUUCCAAAGGGGGCUAUCCCCAGCUCACAGACAGGCAAGAAGCAGCAGCAGAGCACAGCGCUGCAGGCCUCUGCCCUGGCGCCUGCCAACCUCCUGCCCAAGGCUGUGCACCUGGCCAACCUGAACCUCGUCCCCCACAGUGUUGCCGCGUCGGUGACGGCCAAGUCCUCGGCACAGAGGCGCAGCCAGCCACAGCUGCCGCAGAUGUCGGUGCCCCUGGUCCACCAGGUGAAGAAGGCUGCCCCACUGGUUGUGGAGGUCUUCAACAGGGUCCUGCACAGCUCCAACCCCGUGCCCCUCUAUGCGCCAAAUCUCAGCCCACCUGCGGACAGCAGGAUCCACGUACCGGCCAGUGGGUACUGUUGCCUGGAGUGUGGGGAUGCGUUUGCCUUAGAGAAGAGCCUGAGCCAGCACUAUGGCCGGCGGAGUGUCCACAUCGAGGUGCUGUGCACACUGUGCUCGCAGACACUGCUCUUCUACAACAAGUGCAGCCUGCUCCGGCAUGCCCGUGACCACAAGAGCAAGGGGCUCGUCAUGCAGUGUUCUCAGCUGCUCGUGAAGCCCAUCUCUGUGGACCAGAUGUUUGUGUCGGCCCCGGGGACCUCCCCGGCCCCUGCAGUCCCAGUCCCCCCAUCAUCCCCCAAAUGUGGCCUCACGUCAGGCAGUGCCAGCCCAAGCCUUCCGGCUUUGCCGCUCUAUCCAGACCCCGUGAGGCUCAUCCGGCACGGGAUCAAGUGUCUCGAAUGUCACAGGCAGAUACGCGACUACGUGGCUAUGGCUGCACAUUUCCAGAGGACGGCGGAGGAGAGCGAGGGGCUGACUUGCCAGGUGUGCCAGAUGCUGCUGCCCAACCAGUGCAGUUUCUGUGCCCACCAGCGGAUCCACGCCCACAAGUCCCCCUAUUGCUGCCCGGAGUGUGGAGCCCUCUGCCGCUCCGCCUACUUCCAGACCCACGUGAAGGAAAAUUGCUUGCACUAUGCCCGCAAGGUGGGCUACAGGUGCAUCCACUGCGGGGUUGUCCAUCUGACCCUGGCCUUGCUGAAAAGCCACAUCCAGGAGCGACACUGCCAGGUUUUCCACAAAUGUGCAUUCUGUCCCAUGGCCUUCAAGACUGCGAGCAGUACUGCAGACCACAGUGCCACUCAGCACCCCACCCAACCUCACAAACCCUCCCAGCUCAUUUAUAAGUGCUCCUGUGAAAUGGUCUUCAACAAGAAGAGGCACAUUCAGCAGCAUUUUUACCAGAAUGCUAGCAAGACGCAGGUGGGCGUCUUCAAGUGCCCCGAGUGCCCACUCUUGUUCCUGCAGAAGCCAGAGUUGAUGCAGCAUGUCAAGAGCACUCACGGUGUUCCCCGAAAUGUGGACGAGCUGUCAAGCCUCCAGUCUUCAUCGGACACGUCCUCGACCCGCCCUGGCUCUCGGGUUCCCACCGAGCCCCCGGCCACAAGUGUGGCUGCUCGGGGCAGCUCCCUGCCCUCGAGCCGCUGGGGCCGGCCCGAGGCCCAUCGCAGGGCUGAAGCCAGGCCCCGGCUGCGGAACGCUGGCUGGACCUGCCAGGAGUGCCAGGAGUGGGUUCCUGACCGGGAGAACUAUGUGUCCCACAUGAAAAAGAGCCACGGUCGGACGCUGAAGCGGUACCCAUGUCGGCAGUGUGAACAGUCCUUCCACACCCCCAACAGCCUGCGCAAACACAUCCGCAACAACCAUGACACAGUGAAGAAAGUCUACACUUGUGGGUACUGCACAGAGGACAGCCCUAGCUUUCCUCGGCCCUCCCUCCUAGAGAGCCACAUCAGCCUUAUGCAUGGUAUCAGAAACCCUGAUUUGAGCCAGACGUCCAAAGUCAGACCUCCGGGUGGACAUUCCCCUCAGGUGAGCCAUCUGAAAAGACCAGGCAGCGGAGCUGGGGACACUCCAGGCACCAGCAAUGGCACAACCGUCUCUUCCACCAAAAGGCACAAGUCCCUGUUCCAGUGUGCGAAAUGUAGCUUUGCCACAGACUCAGGGCUCGAGUUUCAGAGCCACAUACCUCAGCACCAAGCGGACAACUCCACAGCUCAGUGCCUCCUCUGUGGCCUGUGCUACACCUCUGCCAGCUCCCUCAGCCGCCACCUCUUUAUCGUCCACAAGGUGAGAGACCAGGAGGAGGAGGAGGAGGAGGAGGAGGAGGCAGCAGAGGUGGCUGUGGAGGCAGCAGAGCCAGAGGAGGGCUCCGGGGAGGAGGUGUCCAUGGAGACCAGGGAGAACGGACUAGAAGAAUGUGCUGGAGAGCCUUUGUUGGGUGACCCAGAGGCGAGAUCACUAGGCCCAGCUUCUGAGGAGGACGGUACCCAAGAUGCUCAGAGUCAACCACAGGCCUCUCAGGACCAGGACAGCCAUGCACCAUCCCCUCAGUUGUGACCAGAGGCUCUACAGUGCGUGUGUCCGGGUGAUGCCACAGCGUCCUCCGUCUGCUGUUUGGACAGUGGGAAAUAAAAGGCUCUGCCCCGGUGUGAGUGUGGCCAGCUAUGCCCUGGAGCAGUGUCUGCCCCGAGCUGCGGGGUGCUGGGUGUCCCCCGGCCCCAGAAAAUGUGCGAUCACCCAGGACCCUCACAGUUCUAAAUCUGCUUCUGUUAUUUAUGGCUUUGUGCUGCUUCUUGCUACCCCAACUCUUAUCUGUGUCCUUCCAACCCCAGGCUGCUUAAGUGGCCCAGCCCCAAUGCUGGCCACUCGGCUUGAGGCCCCCCCCCCAGCGCUGUGCACUUCCGGAAGGUUCCUGCUUGCUGCCUUCAGCCAGGGGUCUCCUCGGAGCUCUCCUGGCCUGCAGACAGCAGCUCUCCUUCCUGCCAGCAGAGCCGGAGAAGGGGGAUGAGGGUGCUGGCACGGUCCCUCUUAGAGAGCUGGGCCCAGGCUGGCUUGGUGAGGGCCCUCAAUCGCCUCGCCCUUCCUUCCUGUCUUCUCUGAUUCUUUUCCCCAAAAAGUAGUCCUGGAGAAUUAAUUGUCACACUGGCUCCUCUUGUCUGUGUGGGUGGGAGAAGGUUCUGCAGCACACCUCUGGAGCCCAGGAGAGCAGGAGAUACAGCCAGGGCAGGCAGACCCUUCAGAAGGAGCUGUGCGUCUUUGUUCUGCUGCUGUUCUGCCUUUCCUGAUGAGUGAGGUUGGGGGUACACAGACAUUGGAAUAUUUGGACUCUUUCUCUCCUGUGCCAUUAGAGAGGCUGCUGCCCCAGGCAGGCCAGCCCCUCCUCCUCUCGGCUACACUCAUGUUGCUCAGACUAUAUUUCAAAUAAAAAAAAUCUUCUUACCAUGCAGGUAGGCUCUUGUAUUCCUCUUCAAGUGAGCCUGGCCCUACCCUGCUCCCCUGGAGAGUCUCUCCCAGACUUCCCUUCCUGUCCCAUCUCUGAGGGAGAGCAACGUUCCUACUGUCCCAGAAAGGUCCUCUCUAGAUUCCGGAGCUGUAGUUAGGAAACCAGGAGCUCGGUCCUCAGCCUUCUAGAGACCUUCUGAGGGCGUGAGGGAAGGGUCAAGGGUCACCUGCCAGGUCUCCCUGGGGCUAGCAGAGUUGGCAUUAGGGCCUAUUGAAAUGUUUCAGGCACCUCCCUCUUUCCUACAGAUGGAUUUUCCACCUAAGAGAACCCUUUACUGGUGGUGGUGGGUGGGGGAAGGGAUAGAGGGGAGGAAUUCUGUGAUAUCUUGCCGAAUUCAAGAUGCCUUGGUACUGCUGCUGCUGCUGCAGGGAACUCUCAGGAUUAGACGGGAGGUUGGGCUGUCUUCACUGGUGGCAGAGUUAGGGCCUGACCAAGCACCAGGGGCAGGCUGUGUGGGCGUGCCCUCUGACCUCUGGCCCACGCCUCUGAUACAGCCCUGCAGGGCCAGGGGUGUGGGGCUGGGCUCAGCAGGAUCUAGCGCAGCAAAGGCAAGUGGGUGCUGGCUGAGUUCUUAGAGGUGCUCUUUCAAGGAAGUCAUUGAAUAUCACUUGUAAGUUGUUAAGUCAGAUAAAUACACCUGACCUUUUCACAACAGAAGAAAAAGUACAUUUUCUGUCAAAUGCCAGAUUUUUAGUGAGAUGCUAAUGGCACCGGGAACAGUUAGUGCUUGCCCCAGUUUCAGAGAAUCUGCUGUUUAAGAAUUGCUGCACUUGGCAAGGCCACUGUGUCCCACUUUCCCAAGCAGGCAGUGAGGCCAUGUGCAAAGCCUGAGUUCAUGCCCUCUUGGCUGUUGGCCCUUUCCUAAUUCCACUACAGGUGCCCACCCCAACCUGUGGUCCACUCACAGAAACACUAUCAAGGAGGCUCUGGGAAGGGUUUGAAAUGGAUUGUUGGAUCACUUCCUGCUUGCCAGCAGUGGUUGCUGGAGUUGGGGGUAGUGGGUAAGGGAAGGUAAACUUGCAGGCUCGACCACCUGUCCUGACCCGGAUCUACCUCUCCUUCCUGGGAAUGCAGAGUGGAAAGAGUGCCAAGCUAUUCACCAGGAACCCGCUGGGGGCAGAGGGGGGACCCACAACCUGGAUUCUGCCCUUAACCAGCUCUUAACAAACCCCCUCACUUCGCGCCUCCCCUCCAAAUAGUCCUAGUAAUUCCCUUCCCACUCGCUUCAUGGGCUUUGUGAGAUGGUGAGGGUGGAAGCUCCUCCCACCCCGUUUGUGAGAAAUUAUAUAAAUGUGACAGAUUCUUGCCUUCAAGGUGUGGAGAGUGGAGUGCACCUCCCCUGCCAUCAGACUUGGAUCCCCGUGAGUGAGCAGUUACUAUUGAUCUGGGACACCUAUUCACUGUGUAGCAGUAGUGACAAUUCUAGCACGUCAUCUUGCUAAAUACUUCACAGUGAUUUUCAUAACCACAGGGUUCUCACAGCUUACCCCCCCUUCCAUUUCCCAAGAGAAAACUGAGGCUCAGAGAGGUAAAAUAACCUGCUGGGCCACCUGUAAGGGCUGCUGCUGAGUCAAGGCCUUCUGGUUCUAAAGUCCACAACGUCAACCCCUGUGCUGCCUUAGUGACCCGGCUGCUCUGGCCAGCUCCCAGUAUGUCAGCACUUUGUAGCCAUCCAGACACCUGCUUUCCUACCUCUCCUGUGGUUGGGGUGCCAGGUUCUCCUUGGAGUCCAUCUGUGCCUAGUCAUCCCAAGGAGAACCUUGUGCAAAACCUCUGUGUGUGACGUUCUGAAGCACAGGCAGUGUUUCCAUGACCUUUCAUUUACACUGGGGUUUUGCCUUUGAAGACCAUCAUUUUGGGGGGGGGGGCAUCCCAGAAAGUAUGGUUCCCUCAGGGUCCAAUAUCUUCUGAUCUUUUCUUUUUAAAGAUGUUUUUAAUGAGUGUGCUAUCAUUAUCAUUUGUUAUCAUCAGCAAAUGCUGUAACAAGCGCUUAUGUACAUGUUAGCUGGAGUGAAUGCUCUACUGAUCAAGUUAAACAGAUAAGCUCCCCAUCCUUGUAGAAACUACAACUUAAUACACUCUAAGGCCUGACAGAUGACUAGUAUUUAUUUUCCAACUGCUUUAUCUCUGUAAAACGAUGUGCCGAAUUACUAUAAUUGGUGUAGAAAGAACUGUUCCCUUAACUUAUGUAAACAGUCUGGUUUUGAAAACUUAAUGGUCGUGGCUUAGCAAGUUUGACACACUUUGCCUUCCCCGAGACAGAGGAACCCCCUGCCUGCCCUGCUCACCACUGUAUACUCAGCUCUGGGCGCACUUUCUUUUCCUUGUUUUUUUAAAAAAAAUUUUGUUGUUUUUCUUAAAAAAUUAAUACAUAUACAUGGUAAGACAUCCAAACAAUACAAAAGAAUAUACAGUGCAAAGUAAGCUUCCUAUCGGAGGUCAGCCUUCAGCUCCCCAGCCCACCUCCAGAAUUAAUCACUGUUAUCUAGAUCUUGUGUACCCUUUCUGAGCAAUUCUAUGCAUUUACAAGUUUAUAAAUAUGUAUAUUUAUAUAUCUAUUUUUAAUACAAAUGGUAGCAUUCUAUGCACAGUGUUCUGAAGCUUGCUUUUUUCACUUGUGUAAUGGAGAUUGUUCCAAAUUCAUCCAGUGGGUCAGUCUAAUUCUUUAAAAGCCCCUAGCACAGUUCCUUGCAUACAGCAGUGGUCCCAAAGAGUGUUCGAAUGAGUGAGUGAAUGCAUGCAUGUAUGCACACGUGAAUGAAAGAAUCUGAUUCAACUAGUAGCUACAAAGUUCUCUCAGGGUCUGGUCUGAGCAAAGCAUUCUAGAUUCUAGAAUGGGUUGUGCUGUCACCCCUCCACCCCACCCCACCUUGCCUUUUCCAAGGGAUCCAGGCCCUUCUUGACCUUGUCCACCAACAGAUACCACAGCAAUCUUAGGAAGCUAGGUGCUGGGAAUCUAGGGUGCCUCUGGAGGAAAGAACAGACUAAAAGAGCCAGGUCCCAAGAAUGGGAUUUUUUUUUUGAGGUCCCUAUUUAAAAUGUGUUUCUUUUUAUUGGAAAAUGGUUAUCACAUUAUUAGAGAAAAUAAAAAACAUGC